AUGGAUCUGGGAGAAAGGGAGCGGCCAUCUCGAGGGGUCAAGGUGGGGCAGGGGUUUUUGAGUCUGUUUGCCCACAAAAAGAUGAAGAAAAUGGGGAAGACUUGCCGUGUCAGCGGGGUCAACUUCGAGAGGGGAAUGGGAUACAGAGGGCAUAGGACGGGAAACUUGGUGUAUGAAUGGAUUAGAGACAGGCAAGGCUCCAGCCAUGACAUGCUCAGUGCCCCUGUACAAAAUGUAUGUGGUGCCAAGGAGCUGGCAUUCCUAUUGGAGCCCAGCGACGUCAUCGCUGUGCGGGAUCGACCGCUGAUGCUGGACUGCCGGGUGGAGGGCGAGGGUACCAUCUCGAUCACGUGGCGCAGGAACGGGGUACCCGUGGUAGUGGAGGAGCGGGUACAGGUGCUGCCCAACGGGACCCUCUUCAUUCAGAGCUUCCAGAAACGACUAGAGAGAGGCGGAAGUGAGACGGACGUUGGAGAGUACGACUGCGCUGCCCAGAACCGCUUUGGCAUGCUGGUCAGCCGCAAGGCCCGGGUUCAGCUUGCAUUUCUCCCUAAGUUCCAUACCCACCCAGAGUCCAUGUCAGUGGACGAUGGCGGUGUGGCUCGCUUCAAGUGCCAGGUCAACAGUGUGCCUGAGGCCAACAUCACCUGGGAGAGGGACAGAAACCCACUCAGUACCACCGACAACAGGUACACUCUCCUGCCCAUGGGUAUCCUCCAGGUGACUGGUGUGAGGCGGAUCGACGCUGGGGUGUACCGUUGUGUGGCCUCCAACAUCGCCAACACACGCUUCAGCCACGAGGCUGUGCUCAAUGUGACCGGUGGGGCUUCCAGGAUCUACAAGGAGCCAGUUAUCCUCUCUGGGCCCCAGAACCUGACCAUCACUGUCCACCAGACAGCCAUUUUGGAGUGCAUCGCCACAGGGAAUCCCCGGCCCAUCGUGUCUUGGAGCAGGCUGGAUGGGCGCUCCAUCGGGGUGGAGGGCAUCCAGGUGUUGGGCACUGGAAACCUGAUGAUCUCGGACGUGUCGCUGGAGCACUCGGGGGUGUACGUGUGCGCCGCCAACCGCCCCGGGACCAGGAUGAGGCGUACCGCACUGGGAAGACUGGUGGUUCAAGCUCCCCCUGAGUUCAUGCAGUGGCCACAGUCUGUCUCGAAACCAGCGGGGGGCAGUGCUGUAUUCACCUGUGUGGCCCAGGGGGUCCCUGAGCCUCACCUCAUCUGGCUGAAGAAUGGCAAGAUCCUGAUGCCCAGCGACAACGUCAAGCUUACCAACAACAACAGCACCCUGGCCAUGACGCGCAUCACCUCGGAGGACGAGGCCAUCUACCAGUGCAUCGCUGAGAACAUGGCAGGCACCAACCAGGCUAGCGCCCGUCUGGCUGUGACCCUGGCCAAGGAUCUGCCCGACUCCCCCCAGGGCCUCACGGCCACAGCCCUCUCCCCCAGGGCCCUGCAGCUCACCUGGAUCCAACCGCCAGCCGAGAUCACCGACGGCAUCAUCGGCUAUGUGCUCCACAGCCGCAAGAUCGGAGAGCCGGACAACAGAGAGCUGCAGGAGGCAGUCAGUAAAACCACCUUCCAGCACAACUUUAUCAACCUGGAGCCAGCCACCACCUACUCCAUCUACCUCAAGGCCUACUCCCCACUGGGCGCCAGCCAGCAGUCCAGCACUGUGGUGGCCACAACACUAGGGGGCGUGCCCACUCCCCCUACCUUCUUCACCAAGGUGGUGAACUCCACUGCGGUCCAGGUGCUAUGGGAGCUCCCCAGCAAGCCUGGCAAGGCAGAAGGCUUCAGGCUCACCUACCGCAGGGUCCCGCACACCAACUUCCAAGGGCCAGUUCAGUUCCCCUGCCACGUCAAUGCCCACACCAUCUCCCGUCUUGGUGAGUGA